CGGAAGACCAACAAGGAACACCUGCCUGGAUCAACCGAGAAGCAAGACCUAAGGUACUCAUCUCGACCGACGAUUGAAUUUACUUCCAAAGUUCGCUUCGUAUCUUAUUCACUUUCACAUUUCUGCAGUCUCAUUUGGACACCAUCCACCAUGGCGGACAGCAUUCCAGCUGCGCUGCGGCAGGCCGAUAUCAACAUCUGGAAAUGCGCAACCAAAGCCGCGCAGCUCCAGAAUGUGAAGCCCAUAAUGGCCUAUUGGUGCGAAUAUUGGACCGUGAACCAGAUCCUGGCGAAGCAGUUGCACACAACAGACGAGGAGAUCUUGCGCUACACAACCCAUCUGAUGGACAAGUUGGAACAGACCAAGGCAGAGUAUGCGAAUGAAGAUGCGAUCAUAGACGAUACCGCUGGACAGGCGUAUGUCGAGCAGUUCGCUCAGGAGACUCUCGACCGAGCUGAGCGGGUCGUGAAAGCGAACCGUGUCACACAACAAACCGCAACGACCUUCGAUGCUGCCGCAACGUUCUUCCAUUUAGUAAAUAUCUGGGGCCCGGCGGAUGCAGAGACGCAGCAGAAGAUCAAGUAUGCCAAGUGGAACGCAGCAAGAAUCGUAAAGGCGAUCAAAGAGGGCAAGGACCCGAACGAGUCAAAUCCGAAACAGGAGGACCUUGCACCGCCUACACCGGAACCGAAUGACGGGGCGGUUCAGAGUCAAAGCGGCGAUCCAUCGAAUCUCAUCCCGAGGAGAGCAACCGUGGAGGAGGUGCCCGACGCGGACCUCCGCAGAGACGCUGCCGGAGUGUCAUUACCACCGAGCCCUAUUUCUGGUGGUUCUUACCGUGGUCCUUCCCCAAAACCCGACGACGAGCUUCGGCUGCCAGGGGUUCCUACAGAACUUGGUCAGCCAGCGCAGCCGGCGUCAUUUCAUUCGUUGUCACAGUAUCCAAGCGACUUCCAGCCAACGCCUAACCUCCCUAGCGCUCCGGCUAGCUGGACGCAAUCGCAACCGAGUCCUGAGACGAGCCCUCCACCGACAGCAUGGUCGCAGCCUCCCGUCGACCCACCUUCUGCCUCUGCGUGGCCUCAUCACCAACCUUCACCCCCCUCUAACGUCCCUCCUACAUUUUCAACGAAUCUUCCAUCAACCGCUGCGGUGGCGUCACCGCCUGUCAGUCCACCCAUUGACUCUUAUUACACGAAUAUGGCCCCAACAGCUUCUGCGCCAGGGCCCGCACGUCCUACAAUAACUCCAGCAGAAAGCUAUGCGCCUGUUGCGGCUGGGGGGCCUACGGUGGAUGAGGCUGCGAUGGUCGAGGCUCAGAAGCAUGCCAAGUGGGCUAUCUCAGCGCUCAACUUUGAAGAUGUGCCUACUGCCAUAAGAGAAUUGCGCAGAGCGUUAGAGCUUUUGGGGGCGACAUAGCCGGGUAUGAUACAAACGAUGAACUACCAAUGCAAGUUGGUAGUACAAUGUGGGUUUCACAACUGUGAACCUUGAUGCUUAUGCCGAUUAUGCCGUCCCGAAAUCACGCUGUAAAGAGUGCUUUGUGGGUUCUCAGGCUGAAGACUCCUGCAUUUCUGACACCAACGAGCUGUCUCCAUAUUCUGUGAGCGUAGAGCAAAGAACACGAACAACAAAAGUUGGUUUGGAAAUGUCACAGCCUUCUUCGUGGC